AUGCGGUACUUGUCUUCCAAUGUGAAAGCGACAACGGCCACAUAUUUGAGACGGCAAAUGAGUGAUGAGUAUGUGAAGUUGGCAAAAGAACACUCAUAUAGAGCAAGAAGUGCGUUUAAACUGAUCGAAAUGGAUGAUCGAUACCAUUUUCUGAAGCCAGGAAAAGUUGUGGUUGACGUAGGGGCUGCCCCUGGUUCCUGGAGCCAAGUUUCGGCUAGCAGAUUACGCUUACCACAAGAAAAAGCCAGUUACUUAUUAUCGAUUGACUUGCAGGAACGCAAAAUAAAUGUUCUUUUAUCCGAUAUGGCCCCAAAUCCUACAGGUGACAGUAAUACGGAUCAUUUGCGACUAUUAAAUCUAUGUCGACUCCUUUUGAAUAUGACCAAACCUCCAAACUCGAUAUUUCCGUUAGAUGAUGGAGCUGUUUUCAUCUGCAAGAUUUGGAAUGGUGUCGAGACAAAGGAUUUCAUCAAAGAAAUGAAAGCAACUUUUAAAAAAGUGACCCUUUUUAAGCCUACUGCUUGUAGAGAGUCAAGCGCAGAAAUGUAUGUGAUCGGUGUUAAG